AUAUCUUUCAAAGGUCAUCAGCGGUGACCUCUUAGUAUAUGGUUUAGUUUCAAGGAAAUCUCUGGAGAUAACACUGCAAGACGUAAUGCGUUAACUAUGAAAAAGUUUGAUAAAUCUCAGUGGCAAAUAUAUAAACUGUUAUUCACACAUUCCACAUCAGUUUACUCAUACUGCGUCUUAAACGCUUCUAGAAAUCAUGAGAUUUAAAUCCUUUUUGCUUUUACUUUUUUGCGUGUUUUUUAUAAUUGAUGGUAUUAGUGCAAGAUGGACAUCUUUUGGGAGAUCAAGAAGUGGCGGAAGUAGUUCACACAGAUCAUCUAGCAGUCGGCACAGAUCGUCUAGCAGUGGAGGUAGUUCACACAGAUCGUCUAACAGUGGAGGUGGUUGGCACAGAUCACCUAGCAAUGGAGGUAGUUUACACACAACAUCUUAUGGAUCAUCUUCUGGUAGUCAUGGAUCUGGAUCCAGUCACACGCAAUCUUCUUCACACACAUCUACAGGUUCUAGGCCUAUCGGAUUUGGAACCUCGACGAGAGUAAACUCCGCCCCUCACUCAGGAGGAAGUUCAUCUGGAACAGCAACGCAAGGCCAUAGUAAAGAUGUUAACACAAAUUUCUUACACAGCGAAGGUGGUGGAGCGACACGACCCUCACAAGCAAAACCUGCCGAACCUUCGUUUGGAACAUCGCAUCCAUACCCAAUACCUCCAACGACUGGGUCAAACUAUCCUUCACAUACAGGGGGAAAGCCAGGGUUUACAACUGAAAGUAAACAAACUUCACCUGCUCUUCAAUCAUCCGUAAAUCAAGGUAGUAAUGUACCCUAUCCACCGGGACAUUCAACCAUGGGUCAAACAAAUCCUCCAUGGAGUAAUCCCUACUUAGGCACUAACAAUCGACCAAGUGCACCUAGUCAAACUGUACCAGGUCAAACGAAUCCUUCAUGGAGUAAUUCCUAUCCAAAUGCUAAUCGACCAGCUAUGCCAGGUUUACAACCAUCUCCAAUUGGAUUCAAAGAUCACGUUUACCCACAGAAUUAUCCGACAUCUAUGAGCUCUCAGUUUGGUCAACCACCUAUCGGGGGCCAUUCUUAUCCUACUGGGAAUUAUCACUCGACUGGUAUGCCAAUGGGAAAUCCUUACUCUUAUCAUCCUCCAGGAGGUGUUCAUAAUGCACCUGGACAAACUUACUAUCCACAACAACAAGUUCUCGCUCAACCUGCAGCACAACCAUUCAUACCUGGCCAAACUGUCAUAAUGGUUCCAGGGCAGCAAGAUUCUGGCAGGGGACUAGGUCAAAUGGUUAAAGAAGCCCUUGUGUUUUCAACAAUUAAUGCAGGAGUGAACAGGUUAAUAAAUCCUCAUACUCAUACUCAUUAUGUUGAAAGCCGACCGGAGAGCGCAUCAUCAGCACCUACAACUCAUAUUACUUACAAUAAUCAGUAUUUUAAUACUGUACCUGGCCAAAAUGGUUCAACAAAUCCGAUAAACGUACCAGAAGGAAACACUCCUGCUGGUAAUUUUCCAACUGGAGCGUUUACUCCAAAUGUAGGAGGAGGCAAUAAUAUCUCUUCACCGGGAAUUGGAAAUACAUAUCAUCCGAGUGUUCCGAAUAGUGAGGUACCUAGUUCAAAUGGAACUGUUAACGGAGGUAGCGGAACUAUUACUGGAACUGGUGCAAUUGGGAAUGUUGUUUCACCUACAACUCAAUCUGAUGCAGCAAGCAAUCAAAGGAAUCAAACGGAUAAUAUUAACAUUGUCGAUAAUACGCUUUACUAUCAGAUUUCUGACGAUGAACUUUAUAAAAUAACAGAAGAUAUUUUCGCAAAAUCACAUAAUAUAUCAAAAUACAUAAGACUAAAUUUGCAAAAUCGUGUUACAUCUGCCAACAUAACAGACGAAGCUAUAGAACCACUAUUCGACGUUGAACAAGAGUUGCUGUAUUAUCCUUCAAUUUAUGUAAUGCGAGCUCUAUACGACAAUUACGAGCACGAUUUUCGGCAGAAGUUAAAUCGUACGAUUCAUAUACGCGAGAACGAGAAUCUAUUAAUCGAUACUUUCUUAAAUACGAACGAAAUGGCGAUAGCCAUGCAAUGGUUAGCCGACCAUGGAUUCAUCGAUCCUGACGACUUCGAGAGGAAGGAUGUUCUCCGUCGUAUUUGGUUCACUAUAUUCACCGGAAGUACGUGUGGAUUCGAACGGGUAUUUGCGUCUGAAAAUUAUGGUACCGCUAUCAUCGGUGUGCAAGAUUGGAUCUACUUUGAAAAUCAGGAAUCUGCGAAGCGUAUAGAUUACAUGGGCUAUGUAAAUAAAUUAAAGCUUGGAGAUAAGGCCUCAUUGUUGAAAUUAAACUACAAAAUGGAUGGAAUCGAUAGACCAAACGCAACGAUAUUCGUAGGCACUAUGCCCGAGUUGGAGAUGUCCUUGUACACGAUAUGCUUUUUCGCAAGACCGAACAAUUUAUGCCCAGUUUCUCUAGGAGGUACUAAGUUUAACAUUUAUACGCACUCUUUUACAUAUUUUGGAACCGAAGUUAUAGACCUCGGUCUACCGUUGUUCUAAUGUAGAUUAAUAUAGGAUAAUGUUUAUACUUUGUACCCUAUUCUUAUAGAUACGUAUAAAACGUUUAGUAUAUGUAUAUAGUAUAUGAUAUAUUCUGUAUACGAUAUCACUAUUAUUAAUAUCAAUAAAAACGUACAAAAAACGA